UCCCUGCCUCCCUCCUUCCUCCUCCCGCCCUCCCCCCUCCCCUGGCUCCGCUCCGCUCCAGCUCGCUACAGAGGGCUCCGGGAGCAGAUCGCAGCCAGUGUGCUCAGCCUGCCUGCCUGCCUUGCCUGCCGCUGUGUGUGUGUGAGCGCGUGUGCGUGCGUCUACUUUGUACUGCGAAGAACGCAGCCCAUGUGCUCUGCAUGGACGUUACUGAUACUCUGUUGAGCUUGAUUUUCGACAAGCAGGCAAGAUGUCCAGCACGCCCCAUGACCCCUUCUAUUCUUCUCCUUUCGGCCCAUUUUAUAGGAGACAUACACCAUACAUGGUACAGCCAGAGUACCGAAUCUACGAGAUGAACAAGAGACUGCAGUCUCGCACAGAGGACAGCGACAACCUCUGGUGGGAUGCGUUUGCCACUGAGUUUUUUGAAGAUGACGCCACAUUAACCCUUUCAUUUUGUUUGGAAGAUGGACCAAAGCGAUACACUAUCGGCAGGACCCUCAUCCCCCGCUACUUUAGCACUGUGUUUGAAGGAGGGGUGACCGACCUGUAUUACAUUCUCAAACACUCAAAAGAGUCCUACCACAACUCAUCCAUCACGGUGGACUGCGACCAGUGUGCCAUGGUCACCCAGCAUGGGAAGCCCAUGUUUACCAAGGUGUGUACAGAAGGCAGACUGAUCUUGGAGUUCACCUUCGAUGAUCUCAUGAGAAUAAAAACAUGGCACUUUACCAUUAGACAAUACAGAGAGCUAGUCCCAAGAAGCAUUCUAGCCAUGCAUGCACAAGAUCCUCAGGUCCUGGAUCAGCUGUCCAAAAACAUCACCAGGAUGGGGCUAACGAAUUUUACUCUCAACUACCUCAGGUUGUGUGUAAUACUGGAGCCAAUGCAGGAACUGAUGUCAAGACAUAAAACUUACAACCUCAGUCCACGAGACUGCCUGAAGACCUGCUUGUUUCAGAAGUGGCAGCGGAUGGUGGCCCCACCAGCAGAACCCACAAGGCAACCGACAACAAAACGGAGGAAAAGGAAAAACUCCACCAGCAGCACGUCCAACAGCAGCGCCGGGAACACCGCCAACAGUACUGGGAGCAAGAAGAAGACGCCGGCGGCCAACCUGAGUCUGUCCAGUCAGGUACCUGAUGUGAUGGUGGUAGGAGAGCCAACUCUGAUGGGAGGUGAGUUUGGGGACGAGGACGAAAGGCUAAUCACUAGAUUAGAAAACACGCAAUAUGAUGCGGCCAACGGCAUGGACGACGAGGAAGACUUCAACAAUUCACCCGCCCUGGGAAACAGCAGCCCGUGGAACAGUAAGCCUCCCGGCACUCAAGAGACCAAAUCAGAAAACCCUCCGCCCCAGGCGUCCCAGUAAAGGCGGACCGGCACCCGAAUCCUCUGUCAAUAAGGCCCGCGGGUUACACACACCACGUCAGAUCCCUACUUACAGGAGAGGAAGAAGGAGACAUAGAACUUUUUCACGCGAAUACCUAUUUCUAAACCACAAUGAUCUGAGUUCCUUUCUUUCACUUUUUUUUUUUUUUUUAAUCGAGAGGAUCAUUCCCAAUGAACUUCCGUGACCCUUCCCUGGAGGCCUUCACAGGUAACACAGACACUGGCACUGAUCGUAACUAAAACAAGAGCAGACGCUAGCGCUUCUCCUGGCACCGAGUUAACCGCGUGUUUGUUAAUGCCCUCUCCCCUGCAGCAGACGAAGCCCAUGCUGUCAAUAAGCCCUCAGUGCUCAGGAGCUCAUUGUGUGCCGAACCUAACGACAGAUGACUUUUUAAUAUUGUAAAAUAUUUUCUGCUUUUUGACUUGCAUCUGAGAGUUUCUUGUUUCAGUAAAAAAAGAAAAGAAAAAAAAUCCGCUUUUGGAAAGUAAUUUAAAUGUACCUUUGUUCCCUUCACCUUUUCUCUCAUUGGGUAACAGCGAAGAGGACCCAGCACGGGAAUUUAUGAGAGAGCGAAUGUCAGCCGGUUCUGCAGCCCGAGGUGGUUCAGUUGAGCCUUUAGUGCUGAAACAAGAAAUGUCUUUUUGGUCAUCAAAGACCCCAAGGCAGAUUUUCAUGUAAGAAGGACACUUGGCCCCUUGAGAAUUUAUGCAUUGGUAAAAUUGCUGUUGAUCCAAAUAUUUUCAAGCCAUGUAAUCCAUUACUUUGGUGGGCAGUUUAAUAAAUCUGGAACUCUUUUGUGUUUUUUAUUGUAUCUGAGUUGACCGUUGUUUCUUUUCAUCAUAUAUUUCUUGUAUAAUAUUUUGUAAAGCCCUCGCCUGGUUCUUUUAUGGGGACUUUUUUCUUUGUGGGCAAUACUGGUGUAUUUAUGUGAAACUUUAUAAGAGAACUAAUUUUUCCAUUUGCAUAUUAAUAUGUUCCUCCACACAUGUAAAGACGCAGUGGCUCCGUGUGUUAUAAAACAGCUGUAUUUUAUGUAUGCUUUACUGAUAAGUGUGCCGAUAAUAAACUGUGUUAACGA